AUGGCAUGCUCUGCGUUUCCCUUCUUGACCCCAUCGGAGUUUGAGGGUGCAUGCCAAGCUAUAGCCGAUCGAUGCACUUCGGCCCAAGAUGGCUGGUCUAUUCGACUCCUCACAAAGCCCGGAAUUGGUUUCAGAGUAACCAAGUACAUCUCCGGCCCGGAAACCCCAGAUCCUAGAUCACAAGAAGAUGAUCCGGAAGCUCUCGUUCGCACCCAGCCCAGCUUACAGGUAGACUAUGACAUACUGUUGUCCUCCACAUAUCAGGUCCCCGUGUUGUACUUCGGGCUCAGGUCACACAACCACGGCCCACUCGGACUAGACGAGGUCUACCAGUAUGUGGUGCCGGAACAGUACAAGCAAGAAUUGAAGAGUGUGGGUGUCAUGGGUGGGAUUAGUAUGGGUUACCAUCCAGAUUCUGGUGCCCCGGCCUUUUUCGUCCACCCGUGCAACACCGCCGAUGCUAUGGCGCACCUCGCAGACGCAGAGAACGUCACUCCUGGGUCAUAUCUCCUCAUCUGGCUCGGCCUUGUUGGCCACUGCGUGAACCUGCACGUGCCACGCGAGUAUUUUGUUUAG